AUGUUGAGAGGAGAAAGAAGAGAGCCAGUCAUGCUGAAGGACAUUUUACCAAAGCAUCUCAGAGCAAAUGCUGGGCCUGAGGCCAAAAUUGCUCACCGUCUCAAAACAGACUUUUCCGAGAAGCCAGAAGACAUUGAGAAAUAUGCCUUCUUCCGGAAUCUAACCCUGAAACUGCAGCAGUUGUCUGUUAACAACACAUCAGGCCAGGUGACAGAGUGGUGGGUUAUUCAAGAGUGGCACCCAGCCUGUGGGACCAAUGGCUGUGCUAAGAAUAUCGAACUUGUAAUUUACAAUGACAAAGCCAGUCCUCAGAGCCUUGGAUUUCUGGCUGGAUACGGCAUUGUUGGUCUCUACAUGUCGGUUGUUCUGGUCAUUGGGAAAUUUAUUCGAGAAUUCUUCAAUGGGAUCUCACGCUCCAUUAUGUUUGAAGAGCUACCAAAUGUGGACCGCAUUUUAAAACUCUGCACAGACAUCUUCUUGGUACGUGAGACAGGAGACUUAGACCUGGAGGAACAAUUGUUUGCCAAACUGAUAUUCCUCUACAGAUCUCCUGAGACCAUGAUCAAAUGGACCAGAGACCACCAUGAUGAGUGA